AUGAUCACUUCAAACCCAACCACUAGCACCACCACUAAUCCAAGAGCCAAUAGACCAUGUAUAGAUUGUACAUGUUCCCCCGGUUUACUAUCCAGACAAGGAAGAAGAGCAACCAUCUUUUUAAGGAAAAUGAGUAAUGCGAAAAGAGAAUCCACAUCACGUUCUAGACCCACUUCAAGAAGAAAUUCAACUAAUAACAUCAUAAGAGAAGAAAAUGGAUCCAUAUAUUCUUCUGAUUCAUUAUGUCAACCUACAAAUAAAGAAAUUAAUACUUCAAACAGAUUAUUAGAAUUAAGAAAACAAAUGUCCAUGCAUGAAAAUGGUAAUUUGACAUGCUAUAUCAUACCAAGUGAAGAUCAACAUCAAUCUGAAUACGUCGGUUUAUCUGAUCAAAGAAGACAAUUCAUAUCUGGAUUUUCAGGUUCUGCAGGUACAGCAGUCAUUUCAAGAGAUUUAUUGAAUUUUAAUCUUAAUGCCCCCACGGGGAAAUCAAUCUUAAGUACCGAUGGUAGAUAUUUUAAUCAAGCGGCUCAAGAAUUGGAUUUUAAUUGGAAUUUAAUUAGACAAGGUGAAGAUCCAAUUGAUUGGAAAAAUUGGACUAUUAAUGAAGCUAUGGAAAUGGCUUCAAACAAAAUGGAAAAAAAAAAUGAUUCUAUUAAGAUUGGAAUUGAUCCAAAAUUAAUCUCUUAUGAAAACGUUAUCCAAUUUAAUAAAUUGAUUCAAUCUAAAACUAUCAAGAUUAACAAAUCAUUGAAGAAUCAAGAUAAGAAAAUUAAAAUAGAAUUGGUUCCAGUGGAAAAUAAUCUGGUGGAUAAAAUUUGGAAUCAAUUUGAAAUCGUACCAGAGAGACGUUCAAAUGAAUUAUUAUUAUUAGAUGAAAAAUAUCAUGGUGAAUCUUUUAACUCUAAAAGGAAAAGAUUAUUUGAAAAGUUACCUUCAACAACUUCAUCAUCAUCUUCUUCUUCUUCUUCUUCUUCUUCUUCUUCCUCCUUCGAUAGAUCAUUCCUUGUAGUAGCAUUGGAUGAAAUUUGUUGGCUAUUAAACUUACGUGGUUCAGAUAUAGAAUACAACCCUGUCUUUUAUGCAUACCUGUAUUUAAACGAAUCAAAUGAUGAUGAUGAUGAUCAAACAAUCUUAUUCAUGGAUAAUCCAAUCAAUGAUAAAAUUGAAAUAUAUUUCAAAGAAAACAAUAUCAUUAUAAAACCAUACAAUGAUAUUUGGUCCUAUUUAGAAAACUUGACUACCAGUACGUCCACAAUUUUCUUACCUGAUACAUUAUCAUGGCAAAUCAUCCGUAAAAUUCAAAAAAAUCAAAAUUCAUUGACUUAUAAAUUAAUUCAUUCACCAAUAGACAUUUUAAAAUCAAUCAAAAAUAUGACUGAAAUAAAUAACGCACAUAACGCACAAGUGAAAGAUUCAUUAUCAAUAAUUCAAUAUUUUGCAUGGUUAGAAAAUAAAUUAAUUAACAAACAAUCAUUAAUAGAUGAAUUUAAAGCAUCAGAAAAAUUGAUUGAAAUAAGGAAAACUCAAAAACAUUUCAUGGGGAAUUCAUUCCAAACAAUCUCAUCAACAGGUGCUAACGCAGCAAUUAUUCAUUAUUCUCCAUCAAUGGAAAAUUCAUCAAUAAUAGAUCCAUCCAAAAUAUAUCUUUGUGAUACAGGAGCUCAAUUCCUUGAAGGAACCACUGACAUUACAAGAACUUUACAUUUAAUGGAACCAACAAAUGAACAAAUUAAAAAUUAUACACUAGUAUUAAAGGGUAAUUUAGCCAUUGAAAGAUUAACUUUCCCCGAGGGUACCAUAACAGGGUAUCAAAUUGACGCUCUAGCAAGACAAUUUCUUUGGAAUGAUGGAUUAGAUUAUAGACAUGGGACAGGUCAUGGAAUUGGAUCAUUUUUAAAUGUUCAUGAGGGUCCAAUAGGGAUUGGGUUUAAACCUUCAUUGAUCAAUUUCCCAUUAAUGAAGGGGAAUAUUAUUAGUAAUGAACCAGGGUUUUAUAAAGAUGGAGAAUAUGGUAUUAGAAUUGAAAAUGAUUUAAUUGUGAAAGAUGCAUGUUUUUCACAUAAUAAUAAUAACAAUACAAACGUGGGGAAUUUUGGUCAAAAAUUCUUGACUUUUGAAAAUAUUACCCUGGUACCAUAUUGUAGGAAAUUAAUUGAUGUCAAUUUAUUAACCAAAGAGGAAAAAUCACAAUUAAAUUCAUAUAAUAAAAGAAUAUGGGAUAAUUUGGUUCAAUUCUUACAACCACAAAGUAUUGCAUUCAAAUGGUUGAAAAGAGAAACUGCUACCAUUUAA